CGACAACAGCGAAAAUUUUCAACUCUUGGAAUUAACGUAGUUUAACGCACGCAAACGUCUGCUAGAGAUGGCACUCGACUAGCCAGCACUCAGAAGUAGCGCCCACUCCUGCUGAGGCACCAUGGCAACACCGUGGCCUCGAAGGUCGACCUGGCCGAUCCCAAUAGAGGAGCACGCUACCAAUCUCAGCACCUUCCUUCGCGAGGUGCUGUCGUUGAUUGAGCGCAAUGGAGGCGCUGACUUGUAUCGAUCGCACUCAAAGCCAGCCCGUGCCGGCAGACCUCGUCAAGGUCAUCAUCCAUGGCACGCUGACAUUCAUACUGAAAGUGCAACACACCCCUAACCUCAGCACGGUGUGCGACGCGCUUAGCAUCAUGCAGACCGAGGCCAAGGCGACCUCCGCUGCAUGAAUGCUUGAUGCUGUCAAGCAGGAACUCAAGACCGAAAUCAAGAGCACCGCCGAUACCGUCCACGCAAUCGCUACAAACGUACAACAGAACGUGAGGGCUGGAGAAGAAGCAAGGACUGCAGCCAAGGAGGCGGUAGAGGUAGGUAAAGCCAACCUGGAGAUGGCAAGACGGAUCAAGAACGCAGGACCACAGACAGGUGGCGCGGUCAGCUACGCUGCGAUGGCAGCGAGGGGAGCGACGCUAGCAAGUACACCGAAUACACAAGUUCCUAGAAUGGCUCCCAUGCAGAUGCAACCUCUUGUACGCCAAUGAAAGCCGCAGAUAAGGACCAUACUUCAAAGUGCAAUAACUCAACAACCAC